UGACUGAGAUCUUUGAAAUUGCCAUCCCUAUAUGAUUUUGGAAGUGGCAUCAAUGGCUUUGCAUGAGGAAAAUGGCGAGCUUGCUGUCGAAUUACUCAGAGAUAACUCUACCCACUGCCUAUGUCAAACUGUAUCGCAUUGGAGUGCUGGAUAGAAUUGCCAGAACCUUUCACCAAAAGCAGCGCUCUGAUGACGAUUAUCAAGAUGUUGAUAAUGAUUAUGCAUUCAUCCCUGACAAAUCGAAAGAAGAAAAAGCUGCCGAUGAACUGUUUGCGAAUUAUCCAGAGCUGGAAGCUCACUAUAAAAAGUUGGUGAAUGAUCUAGAGCUGACGAUCACUGCCAACCGGUUCAUAGAGGAUGUGAACAAGCUGUGGAGCGGGGUGUCGAGUCGGCAUGGAGUGCUGCAGCAGUUUGUGGCAUUGGUGAAGGAUCAAAGGAGCACCAUAUCCACCCUCAACUCGGAAGUGGGAGACUGUCUGCGGUCGACCAAGGACAAGCAGGAUAAUGUCGAGAAACUCAAAAUGGAGAUAGAAAAAGCUUGGCGAACGGCCGACGCCACCCAUGUAAGGGAGCAGGAAGCUCUGGAGAAUAUUGAGAACCUCAGACAACAGCUGUCCAGACUACAGAAUGAGAGAGGAGUCAAAUCAAAAUUAGACUUUGAUCAGAAUGGAGAGAGCAGGUUUAUGGCCUAUCAAAUUUACGAUCAGACUCCAGGACUCUUUCCUACGACCUACCUGUCUACACUACGGCCGCUAAGAACAGAGAACUGCAGUUAA